ACUCUAUGUUGGAAAUCUUCGAGGAUUUGGCUAUCUAUCCUGAUAGCGACGUGAUCCUCGCGCGAAGAUUUGAUAGCGAUUUUCUCGAAUUAUUAUCUAUAUAUCGUCCAAGUUCACAGCGAGGUAUAAUUUGGGAAAAUCGUGGAAACUGGACUUUCGAGAAUGGUUUACGAAUGAGCACUUUCGACGUAGCUUCAGCACGAAGAAGAAAUCUUCAACAGACGGCUCUGAAAUCUUGUUUAGUGAUGACGGAUCUAGAGACAAUGAAUCAUUUAACUGACUUUAAAUAUAAAACCAUAGAUCCUGUUACAAAGGCUAAUUAUCCUUGGGUACUGCAUUUAGUGAAUCGAAUGAAUGCAACGGUAAGUUUUGAGGUCACGAAUAGCUGGGGAUUUCUCAGCAAGAAUGGUUCCUGGAGCGGAAUGUUUGGAAUGUUGCAACGACGUGAAAUUGAUAUCGGUGGAACCGCCACAUUUUUCGUACCGGAACGUGUCGGUGUUGUACAGUUCAUUCAAUUGUAUACACAUACGAGGAAGACAAAAUCAGCAGCCUACUGGAAUCAACUAAAUCCUAACAAACCAACGGUCAGCGAUAAUAUUUUCGUUCUUUUAGGCGCAUUUUCUCAGCAAGGAUAUUCGUAUGAACCCUACAGAGUUUCAUCUCGAAUAGUUACUCUUAUGUUAUUGCUUGCCUCACUAAGUUUCUAUGCGGCUUAUACAGCAAAUAUCGUGGGAUUGUUGCAAUCUACCACAGAUUCUAUCAAAACUCUUCCAGAUCUUCUAAAUAGUCCUUUAAAAAUGGGUGUACACAAUAUAGUAUACAGUAAAUAUUAUUUCCAGUCUUUCCGAGAUCCCGUUAGAAAGGCGAUCCUGGAACAGCGAAUCGAGCCGAAAAGAAGCAAAGCUAACUGGAUAUCUGUAGAAGAAGGUGUAGCCCGCAUAAGAAACGAACUCUUCGCAUUUCACGGUGAGAUUGGUACGGUUUACCAACUGAUUGAAGAAACUUAUUUGGAGGAGGAGAAGUGCGGUUUGACUGAGAUCGAUUUUCUAAAUCACUUAUAUCCGCUUCUUGCGAUACAAAAGCAGUCACCUUAUUCAGAGAUAUUUAAAACUGGAGCUCUAAAAUUACGAGAAUACGGACUUAAAUAUCGCGAGGAAUAUCGCUUAUAUACGAGAAAACCAGUGUGUUCGAGUCAGACCAGAUUCAUUACUAUCGGUUUCACAGAAUGCUAUUUCGCGCUAGUUAUAAUGGGCUACGGAAUACUCUUCUCUAUAAUCGUAUUUGUGUUUGAGUUAUUAUGGCAUAAGAGGCGAAGUAUACACGCGGUAAAAGAAAUGUCAAACUCGGAGACCAACAUUGUGGAAUACCUUGAUUAAAUGCCUGUGAUGAAACGGAUAUCUACUAGUCCGAAAGAAAUUAUAAGAGGCACAUCUAACUUUUCUGAGCUUUUUAGGGCAUUAAGUCUAAU